AUGAGAGGGGAGCUAGUCAUCAAGGCGCGCCAGAAGGUUCCUGGAUCAUAUGGCAUUCUGGUUGGCGGGGAUCAGAAAUGGUUCAGCGUUAAGGGUGAGGGUAUAUGCUUUCCUGACACCUUCAAGCACAUUCCCAAUACUACUCUGGCUCUUAUAGCCAUAGUGGUUGAGUGCGCCCUCAACUCCUGGCAUAAUGGAACCCGGUCUCAAGUAAAGUUCAGUGAGAUGCAAUUCAGGACAAGAUAUCAAUUUUACAUGAAGAAGCUGGAGUGCAUCCAAAAGGACUGUCCGAACUGGAUGAAACAAUUCAAGAAGGAUCUAUAUGAAAGUAUUUGCAAAAAAUCUGGCCAUGAGUUGUUAGCGCUUCAGAUGGAUGAUGAGGAUAGCAAUAUUGAGAAGAUAUGCUAUGACUUCUAUGGAGUCUAUGCCAACUAUAGGAGUUUUGGACCUUUAGGUACACACAGUGAACACAGCCACAUAGCGGAACAAGACAGACUGCACAUUGUUGAGGACUCAGAGUUUGAGGAAGUGGAAGAGCUCCCUCAGUGGUCUAGAGUUUCCAAUUCUGCAAGUACCUCGAAUGUACGCAAGGAUGAUAUUGAAGGUGUUCCUUGCGUCAAGUUGUGUCUUCGUGAGCGCCCCGAUAGCAGCAAAGACCAAAUUGAAGUCUUCAAGCAGAUCGUUGAUAAGGUCUGCAAGUCCGGUGCUGCUGUGUUGGUAGGGUAUGACCAGGAGCUAGGCCAGGGGUGCCAGGAGUCUUGCCUGGGCCUCAAGGCACUUAGAUAG